UGAAAACGCCCGUCUCGGCUCAGCCACCCGAGUAAGCCGGGAAGCAGGAGCUGGAUGGUGCAGACGAGACGCGCGCACAUGCAGGCACACACACACCCCUGCCCCGCGGAGCUCCCACACUAACGAGGCGACGCUCCUCUCCCCAUCCCGGCAGAAACCGGGGGCCAGGGGGCCAGAGAUCCCGUCCUUCGAAGCAAAAAAAAAGGCGUCCCGGAGCAACGAUCGUCGAGUGAGUCAGGAGUCAAGCCAGCAAAGAAGUUUAGAGCAUCCUUCGCCUGCUUUUGUGCAGUUUGUUCAGGAGUACACUGAGGUCCAUUUUCCUGGAGCCAAUCUGAGACCAUGAUUGAUCUGAAGCGAGUGAAGGAUUACAUCUAUUGGCUAUAUUACCAGUAUCUCCUGGUCACCUGCAGCUGUGUCCUGGAACCCUGGGAACAAUCCAUGUUCCACAUCAUCACAAUUACCAUUGUCGCUAUGGUGGUAUACACUGCUUACGUCUUCAUCCCCAUCCACGUCCGCUUGGCUUUUGCAUUCUUCUCACAGAUAUUUGGAAGCCAACCCGAAAGUACUGUUUCACUUAUGAAUUGAACCUGCGAGAGCCAAUAACAGCGUUUGCAUCCCAUGAAAAUAUCGUCUUCCUCAACUGGUUUUUGUUUGGAAUUGUUUCAUUUGUUGUUUUGGAAGCCAUUUUAAAGAGUGCACGUAGAUAUUUGUGUGCAUGCAGACACCACUUUAUCUACACAAAUCCAGGCUCUCAUUGUACUGACUACUGGGGGUGAUCUAGUUCUCACUGAAUGCUGACAUAACUUCUGUCCAACUCAGCAGUCCUGAGCUAGGUUAAGCAAAGUGAUGCGUCCCCUUUGGAAUGUGUUGCUUUGUGAAAGCCAUAUGAAGUCUCCAUCAAAGGCAAGUGUUUGCUUUUUAAGGUCUAGGGAACUUGUUUCCUUAUCACACUGGGAAACUAUAACUCAUUCAGGCUUGCAUGCCUUUCCAUCACCUGUCUGCACAAUAUCUGUCUCAAUGAAAAUUUUAAUUUUUAACAGUGAACUUCUUUGUGAAGAGGUCAGUGGAAAACUAUUAAAGUUACUAGCAUGUUUUAAAGUAUUUUCCUCUUGAUAAUUAUACUUUUAUAAAGGUUUAACAACUCUCCUCUUACAGUACUUGUUUUUUCAGUUCUUCCUUUACAAUAUAUAAGGUUACUUUCCUGGAAAUACUUCAUGAGAAGUCUAGAUUUAAAGCGAUGGAUUCCAGCCUACAUUUCUGGAUGUUUGUUUGUUUUAAGGAGUUCAAAAAUGCAUGAGUUUGCAUCUAGAGAAGCAUAAGCUAAAUCCUGCUCCUGCCAUGGGGCUUUCUAUCUCCCACUGCAGCUCUCUGUGUGCAUAUAUGCGCAUGCACGCACGCAUGCACGCACACACACAUCCAUAAUGACACUUCUGAGAGUCCGGAAACCCCUGGAAUGAUGUGAGAUGUGGUGUGGAGGGCUGCAACAGGAGGGAAGAAUUCUUUUCCCCCACCAUGCCAGUUCCUGCUUUUAAGUUGCCUCUCUAAGCUGCUAUUAGCUCCAAAGAGGGCAGUAUGCAAGCACCUCUAGUGUGCUCAUGCUUUCCUUUUCACAGGUAAUAGUAGCUUCAGGAGUUAUUUGGAUUCUGGUCAUCAUGAAUCUGGAGAAGAUUUGCAGUCCUAGUCAAGAGUUAGUCCUUCCCCUCAGGACUGUGGCCCCAAUCCAAAAAACCUCUCUCCUUGUUGCUUUUGGCAAAAGAAAAAGGCAUCAGGACAUCCAUUCAUGGAUUGCCUACAUCUCUGUGUGCAUUUAUGGAGGGUAGGGAUGUAUUUGUGGGGGAAGAGUAAUUGCAAUAGUAAACUUGUUUUGUUUUUUAAAUUGUUGACAUUUGUCAAGAAAUAAAGACUCAGAACUUUAGCUGGAGAACUGUUUCCUGCAAAUUCUGCAGAGUGGUGUUAGCCUUGCUUAAUACCCAAUAUCAAACUGCUUGCUAUUCCAUUAUUUUUCACAGGAGGCAGAAAGAAAAAUAGUAUAUGUUUGUGCUAUGAGAAGGUAGAAGUAAUGUCCUAAUAACUGCAGAGGCUCAAAAAGCAUUUAUAUGGAAGAUUCAGUGCUAAAGUUUUCUUUUUAUCAAACAAACGUCAGCCUUGUUGGUUGAGAUGUUUUUGUGUUGUUGUUUUUUAAUGGUGUUACACUUUAUCUAAAUGAAAUGUGAAUGCUAAAGAGCAAGCUUGUGUAUGCAGUUGAUGUACUUCUCAAAACUACAGGUGAAGAUGAUUUGAGUGUCAAAUAUAAAUAGCUGUCAAACUGUUUGCACAAUUACAUGCAGUACGAAGACAUUAUUAUAGAUUGCCUAAAACCCUGCAUGUUAAAAAAAAUGUGAUGCUGUUUCUGUUGCAGAGACAUGUCUUGAAGGUUUAAACUAUCUGAACAUGUAUGCUGUUCUGCAGAAACAAAAAUAAAGUUAUUUUAAAACAUG